CUACAGCUGCACCAACCACGACCACAGCUUCUCCAACCACAACCUCAGCAGCUCCAACGACAACUACAGCUUCUCCAACCACAACCACAGCAGCUCCAACGACAACUACAGCUGCUCCAACCACAACCACAGCAGCUCCCACCACAACCACAGCUUCUCCAACCACAACCACAGCAUCUCCAACAACAACCACAGCAGCUCCAACCACAACCACAGCAGCUCCAACAACAACUACAGCUGCUCCAACCACAACCACAGCAGCUCCAACCACAACCACAGGUUCUCCAACCACAACCACAGCAGCUCCAACAACAACCACAGCAGCUCCAACCACAACCACAGCAGCUCCAACGACAACUACAGCUGCUCCAACCACAACCACAGCAGCUCCAACCACAACUACAGCAGAACCAACAACAACCACAGCAGCUCCAACCACAACUACAGCUUCUCCAACCACAACCACAGCAGCUCCAACCACAACCACAGCUUCUCCAACCACAACCACAGCAGCUCCAACGUCAACUACAGCUGCUCCAACCACAACCACAGCAGCUCCAACCACAACUACAGUAGAACCAACGACAACCACAGCAGAACCAACAACAACCACAGCAGCUCCAACCACAACUACAGCUUCUCCAACCACAACCACAGCAGCUCACACCACAACUACAGCUUCUCCAACCACAACUACAGCUUCUCCAACCACAACCACAGCAGCUCCCACCACAACUACAGCUUCUCCAACCACAACCACAGCAGCUCCAACCACAACCACAGCAGCUCCAACCACAACCACAGCAGCUCCAACGACAACUACAGCUGCUCCAACCACAACCACAGCAGCUCCCACCACAACCACAGCUUCUCCAACCACAGCUUCUCCAACCACAACCACAGCUGCUCCAACGACAACCACAGCAGCUCCAACCACAACUACAGCUGCUCCAGCCACAACCAUAGCAGCUCCAACCACAACCACAGCAGAUCCAACCACAACCACAGCAGCUCCAACCACAACCACAGCAGCUCCAACAACAACUACAGCUGCAACAACCACAACCACAGCUUCUCCAACCACAACCACAGCAGCUCCAACGACAACUACAGCUGCUCCAACCACAACCACAGCAGCUACAACCACAACUAAAACAGAAACAACCACAACUACAGCAGAACCAACGACAACCACAGCAGAACCAACGACAACCACAGCAGCUCCAACCACAACUACAGCUUCUCCAAC